CCUUGACAUCUGGACUCUCAUCCGCAUCUUCAACCUCAAUUCUACCAAAUCAAUCAACGGCAAACGAUCUUCAUCAUGCCUGGAAAAGCGAGCGAUUGGGACAACGCCGACUUCCUCCUUGAUCUCGUCGUUGGCCUCUACACUGGCGCUCAGGUCAACGGGGGCUUGACUCCUCCCGUCAAGCAGUCUAUUGAAGAGUAUAUCAAGGGGCGCGGAUAUACCACCUCUUUUGACGCUGUGCGAUCAUCCUCUGUUGCUUCAUCUGACUCAUCUUCUCAACUUCUCAACAACACUGAGCAAGCUGCGUUCUUUCUUAUCAACAUCCUCAAAAUCACCCUUCUCUAUCUUUUCCUUAUCAUCGUCGCCAUGGCCAAACGUCAAGUCAUGCAGUGGGAUGCCAACGUCCAUGAAGACAUCCUGAUCAGUCUAUUUCAACACAUCAAGCCAAGUGCUGAAGACUGGAGUAACGUCAUGGGUGAUCUUCAGCAAAAGGGCUACACUUUCACUGAGGGCGCUCUUCGGUACGAUUUCUGA